GCCCAAAUCCCACUUAAUCACGCUCAUUUCCCAUCCCACGCGCCGUAUCUGUACCCAAUUUUCACUCAAUCGCAAGCCCUUUACCGUAACCGCAAGCUCCUCUUCUUUACACAAACUUUCAUCGCUCCUGUGAUGGCAGACCCUUAUAUUAAUCCUGCGAAUUACUACGAAGCCCAGCACGAUGGAAGCGGAGACCUCGCAAUCAACAACACAUAUAUUCGACGUUCCUUAGCUCGUUUAGCAUUUCGCAUCACGGCCAAGUUCUUUCACCGGGAUGGCCGUUGUGUUCCAAUCUCUAAACACAAAAUUCUUAAAACCGGGUAUUCAGUCCAUUUGACCGAAGCCGCUACAAUGAAGUAUGUCUCUGAACAUACAUCGAUCCCCGUUCCUAAAGUUCAUUGCUCCUUUCUCCACAAGAACCGAGCUUAUGUUAUCAUGGAACGAAUCCAAGGCGAAGAUUUAGCGAGUGCCUGGAAGAACCUGUCUAAGGAAUCCCUUCAAAAGAUCUUCUCGCAGCUAAAGGACAUGAUCCAGGAGCUUCGAGCUUUGGAACCUCCGCCUGGUACGGGAGUGGAAAGUUGCGUUGGUGGCUCCUUGUACGACUCCCGUCUCCCGCAUGGUACCCCACGCUUUGGGCCUUUCAAGACGACUCAAGAAUUCCAUCGCUGGCUGAGACAUAAUCUUGAAGCAACACAGAUAGGCGACCACGUCACCUUUAAAGACGCCAACGACAUCAGAAACAUGAUUGCCAAGCAGGAGGGUCGAUGGCCGUCCCCAGUUUUCACACAUUGCGAUCUAAACCCGUUCAACAUCUUAAUUUCUGGGGACAAGGUAGUUGGGAUUAUUGAUUGGGAGUCCUCAGGGUGGUAUCCUCCCUAUUGGGAAUUUACAACUGCAUGGUUUGGGAACAUGACCAGAACUGAAUGGCAGGGCAUUCUACAUACCCUACUUGACGCCUAUCCUGAAGAGCUGGAAAUGGAAAGAACUCGCAACAAGUGGUGGGGCGAGUGGUGAAAUCUGAGUUCGGCUGAAUGUAACUCUUCCUGCCUUAAGGGACGGUCUCCUUUCCUUCGAG